AUGUUCAACGAUGACUGCACAACAGCCGAUGCUCUGACUUUUGGGGCAGAAUCACAGGCCGUUGAAGAUUGGACCAACCGAACGCGUACUUUACUUCCAUUGACCAACGAAUGGGCACUUUUGGAAGCAUUCCUAGAGAUUAUGAGUUACGAAUCCACUACGACAUACAGCCCUCAUAUGGGCUUGACAUCAUCGUACGAUUUGAGUAGUUUCUCAAAAAACGGUAUAGCACUCUCUGACUGCCUGACACGGUAUCCUCGUGGCUCCGACCUUAUGAAUACCAGCUUGCCACUUAAAGGAACCGACUUCGACAUAGGAUGCUUCGGGAUGAAUGAAAUCACAGCCUAUUGGCUUGGCCCCAGAAGACCUUUGAACCUAACGGAGUCACUCCUCAACGACGUUCUGACAAACACCACCCUCUCCGCCAUCUCACUCGGAAUCUGGUGGGACAUUGUGCCCGUCACCACUAUGCGUUACCAAAGUACAUACUCUUUCUCCAGCCCACUUAACCUGAUCCUUCUAUACAGUAUUUGUCUAACAGCCGCUAUACUCUUUGUUGCAAUCGCUGUCUGGUCGUUGUGA